AUGUCAGAACAGAUUCAGUCCUCGAGAAUUAAAGUUACAAGUGAUACACAAAAGACGCCGCAAACAUCUCAAACUUGUGAUGCUAGUCUGGGAGUUUUACCUCAGCCUAUGGCUCCACGUACUUUUCUCCACUCAUUGUCUCAUGUCAAAGGAUCCUACAAUCAUUCUCUCUUGAAUGAAGAUAUGAAUCAAGACUACGAAUCUCAAUUGGCCACUAGAUCUGGCAACGUUAGUUGUAAAAUCAGCAAUAAUAAAUCAAAUAAUUGCUUAGAUUCCUCAGUUGGAUGCAUGAUACUCGACUCAAAUAGGCACGAUGAGCAUAUUAAUAAUGACAAGAAUGCUAAAAUUAGCCUAUUUGCUGUUCAGCAAAAUCAAUCAGGGUGCAAGCCUGAAGACUUUACUGAUAUUAACUCAGCUGGUUUGCUUGCCCCUAUUAGCGAACGCCCAAUCGAGGCUCGGCCCUUCCCCGGAUCUGUUUGCACGCCGUCGGAGGAUGUUGGUAUUUUGAAGGUGCCCGGUAUACAUAUGUCUGGAACGUUUGAGGAUUCACGUCCUGUAAAGCGACCUCGAUCAAAUUUUCCUGUUUCACUAGAUCAGACAAAUAUUCGUCCUGGUAAGUCUUCGUUUUCCUGUAUUACUUUAGUAAAGCAAAUAUAA